CUCAAGAUUUUCUUCCUCAAACAUAAAGUUUUUCUCCACUACAGUAGGAGCUCUCCUCUCCCUCCCUCCCUCCACAGUGUGUAGCCAAGAUAACAGCACUAGGGUUCAAUAACAAAGUUGAUAUCACUUCACUUCACUCUUUACGGCACACAAGACUGCACAUAUCUUGGCUCUGAAGGGAUAUGUCACAUGCAUGCUCGUUGAGGGUUGCGAAGCUUUUAAAUUUCGGGGCAGUAUCAACACCUAAUCCAUUAAGGUCAUCGAGGAUUCAUUUGCAUUUCCCUGUCAAGAGCUUUAGUAUUAAAAUUCAAAUGGAAAAUGGCGCGACUGGUAACCCCAGAGGUGCAUUGGUUGUUCUAGAAGGUUUGGACCGAAGUGGGAAAACAUCACAAGCGAGUGGAUUGCUCACGUACCUUGAAGGACAAGGAUUGUCAGCUGAGUUAUGGCGGUUUCCUGACAGAAAUACUUGUGUUGGGCAAAUGAUAUCCUCUUAUCUUUCCAACAAGUCAGAAUUAGAUGAUCGGACCAUCCAUCUUCUUUUCAGUGCAAACCGUUGGGAGAAGAGAACGCUGAUGGAGAGUAAGUUGAGGAGUGGGACAACCUUAAUCGUAGAUCGCUAUUCUUACUCGGGGGUGGCUUUUUCAUCUGCCAAGGGUCUUGAUAUUGAGUGGUGUAAGGGUCCAGAGAAAGGUUUGCUGGCUCCAGAUCUAGUAGCAUACCUCGAUGUGCCGCCUGAGAAAGCUGCAGAAAGAGGAGGUUAUGGAGGCGAAAGAUACGAGCAGCUUGAGUUCCAGAAGAAAGUUGCUCAACACUAUGAGAUGCUUCAUGAUCUCACAUGGAAGACAGUUGAUGCCUGUCUACCCAUGGAAGAGGUAGCAAAACAGUUGAGGGAGAUUGUAAUGGAUUGCGUAGCCAAUUGCCAGAAAGGGAAACCACUAGUUGAGCUAUGGCAAAGGUAAAUUGUUCACCAUUUCAGAAAAAAGAAAAUUGUUCGCCUAUUAAUAGUAGAGAGUAGCAACAAAAAUCUAUCUCGGGAUAUAUAUAUUUUUAUUUUUGUACGAGGGCACCUAUUUCCUGCAUAUCACAAAGCCAUCUUUGGAGCGCCGAGGUGUGGAUCUGAUUACGAUUAGACACUAUGUGUUAGUGAUAUUGUUUCAUCCUUUAAAUCAUAGUAUAUGCUUAUUAUGAAACAUCAGCAGUAUAACCUCAAACACAGGCAGUAUUGUAAUUAAUCCAUGUAAUUGAUUCAGGAAAUCAACCUUUGACGAUAAACACUUGUUUUAAAGGCGUUAAACUUUUGCUGGCAA